UGGACCCACCGGCCCCCUCCCGUCUGGAGUCCAAAGAGGCGGCAGAGCAGCAGCCACAGGGCCAAGUGCGGAGGCGCCAAGUGGGACCGCAAGGCCAUCAGCCUGCAGGUGAAGCCGGAGGUGCCGUGGCGCUUGGAGGCGGGAGAGAAGCUCAGCAGGAUCGGCCGGGCACUGGGGCUGUCCACGUCCACUGCGGCCACCAUCCGUGACAAGGACAAGAUCCGUGCGCGUUCCUGCGCAGCCACCCCGCAGGCGGCCACCAGGUCGAUGCGCAGCCGCAGCCUGGUGAUGGAGAACAUGGAGCAGCAGCUGAGCGUGUGGAUGAGGACCAGAACAAGUGCGACCCUGUCCGAGCACCUCAGGCGGGAGCAAGGCGAGGGCGCCAAGUCUGAGCCCUUCGGGGCCAGUCGGUGGUUCGUCCGUUUCAAGGUGCGCCACAGCCCGCACAGCCCGUGGGCGAACG